CGCCCACCGCAGAGGGAUCGGCAUCCGCCCGUGGGGACCCGGCGGCGGCGGCGCGGCGAGCCUCUGGGCGGCCCCGGGGCGCGGGCUCUCCGCGGCGCUGCGCCCGCUGGCCCGGAACGCGGAUUCUAAGAGCGGCGGCUGCCCCCGGCCCCACCCGGAGCCAUCGGGGGUGCCAGGCGGGGACGCAGCGCCCCCUCCCACCGGAGUGCAAGGGGCCGCCCCCGGCCGGAGCCUGGCCCCGGAGCGUGGGGUAUGCGCAGCUAACGGUCCCGUCGGGCGGGCUUUCCUCUGGCGGAGCGCGCAGGCGGUGCGCCCCAGCUAUGGAGUGUCCGGGGAGACGGCGGGCAUGACGGCGGCAGGAUGGGCGCGAACAAUGGCAAACAGUACGGCAGUGAGGGCAAAGGCAGCUCAAGCAUCUCAUCCGACGUGAGUUCAAGUACAGAUCACACGCCGACCCAAGCCCAGAAGAAUGUGGCUACCAGUGAAGACUCCGACCUGAGCAUGCGCACCCUGAGCACGCCCAGCCCGGCCCUGAUAUGUCCACCGACCCUGCCCGGAUUUCAGAAUGGAAGGGGCUCGUCCACCUCCUCGUCGUCCAUCACCGGGGAGACGGUGGCCAUGGUCCACUCCCCGCCCCCGACCCGCCUCACCCACCCGCUCAUCCGGCUCGCCUCCCGACCCCAGAAGGAGCAGGCCAGCAUCGAGCGCCUCCCGGACCAGUCCAUGGUGCAGAUCUUCUCCUUCCUGCCCACCAACCAGCUGUGCCGCUGCGCGCGCGUGUGCCGCCGCUGGUACAACCUGGCCUGGGACCCGCGGCUCUGGAGGACUAUCCGCCUGACGGGCGAGACCAUCAACGUGGACCGCGCCCUCAAGGUGCUGACCCGCAGACUCUGCCAGGACACACCCAACGUCUGUCUCAUGCUGGAAACCGUAACUGUCAGUGGCUGCAGGCGGCUCACGGACCGAGGGCUUUACACGAUCGCCCAGUGCUGCCCGGAACUGCGGCGCCUGGAGGUCUCGGGCUGUUACAACAUCUCCAACGAGGCGGUCUUCGACGUGGUGUCCCUGUGCCCCAACCUGGAGCACCUGGAUGUGUCAGGGUGCUCCAAAGUGACCUGCAUCAGCUUGACCCGGGAGGCCUCCAUUAAACUGUCCCCCCUGCACGGCAAACAGAUUUCCAUCCGCUACCUGGACAUGACGGACUGCUUCGUGCUGGAGGACGAGGGCCUGCACACGAUCGCCGCGCACUGCACGCAGCUCACCCACCUGUACCUGCGCCGCUGCGUGCGCCUCACCGACGAGGGCCUGCGCUACCUGAUGGUCUACUGCGCCUCCAUCAAGGAGCUGAGCGUCAGCGACUGCCGCUUCGUCAGCGACUUCGGCCUGCGCGAGAUCGCCAAGCUCGAGUCGCGCCUGCGGUACCUCAGCAUCGCCCACUGCGGCCGCGUCACCGACGUGGGCAUCCGCUACGUGGCCAAGUACUGCGGCAAGCUGCGCUACCUCAACGCCCGGGGCUGCGAGGGCCUCACGGACCACGGCGUGGAGUACCUCGCCAAGAACUGCGCCAAGCUCAAGUCCCUGGACAUCGGCAAGUGCCCGCUGGUGUCCGACACGGGCCUGGAGUGCCUGGCCCUGAACUGCUUCAACCUCAAGCGGCUCAGCCUCAAGUCCUGCGAGAGCAUCACGGGCCAGGGCCUGCAGAUCGUGGCGGCCAACUGCUUCGACCUGCAGAUGCUCAACGUCCAGGACUGCGAGGUGUCCGUGGAGGCCCUGCGCUUCGUGAAGCGCCACUGCAAGCGCUGCGUCAUCGAGCACACCAACCCCGCCUUCUUCUGAGCGCGCUUGGCGCGCGCCGCACGGACCCCACGAACCCCUUUCUAGAAAGCAGCGUAUGUAAGCACCGACCGCCGCUCGCUCGUAACAGCUCUUUCUUCCUGGAAGGUUCUUAGGCAUCCGGCUUUUCUUUCUCCCUAUGUCUGGCGGGCCCACAGGGGUCAAGGGAAGGAAGGGGGAGUUGGGGUGGGGGGAGAGCCCGGGGGAGCGGGGGGAGGGGCACGAAUUUCUGUUGACAGCGAACCGGUUGUGUGGUCGGGUCAUGCCGAGGCAGCGUCUCGUCUCCCGAAAGGCGUGCCUCGGCAAGCUGGCGGCGGAGUGUUGGAGGACGCCUCUUUUCUCUGUCUCUCCGCUCCUGGCCACCUCCCAGGCUUCUACGCGCACCCCCUGCGCCCCCACCUCCACCCCCACCCCGCCCUCGCCAGCAGCAGCCACAAAUCCUCCGAAUAGUGAUGCUCUCCGGACCUCCUCCCCCUUAAACUGCUUCAUUGGCCUAAGCCCUACCCAUCAAUCCCACACCCAGGCAGAUUCUCGUUAAAGAAUAUACAAAGUGGUAUAUGCAAAGUGCUAACGACCCUUUUCUAAAGAAUCACUUGUCCAGGCAGCACGGUGCAGGGGAGGGAGAGGGAGUGGGGGCUGCAUUCUUCCCCCCAGCUCUGCCGCUAAAUAGCUGUGUGACCUUGGGCAAACCACUUGACCUCUCUGGGCUUCAGCUUCCAGCACUGAAUCAGAGGCCACCCCUGCCCCAGGAUCCGCUCCCUUCCCAUUUUAGAACUGAGAGGACAGAGAUGUCAAUAAACAGGAGCACCCUGGCCUGGACC